ACAGAUCAAGAACCGCCUCGCCGCUGAUUGGCCGCGGCCCGAUACACCUUUAGCUGUGAUUGGCUGCGUGUUACCACCCGCCAGACUGCUCUGAAUUUUGUUUCUGUGUUGUUUUUUUGUCCUCUUCUUCUUUUCCAGUUGCUCUCAGCUGAAGCUUGGUCCCAGGCUCACGCUCCGCUCUCCGCUUCACUUUGUCAGCUCCUCCUCCUCAUGCUCGGCUUGGCGGCGGAGCGCCCCUGGCAGGUUGACCACGGCAAAAAACAGCUGACGACGGCCAUGGAGCUGAAGUCGUGCGUGGAGUACCAUGACCUCGAGGCUGCCGAGGCGCUGGUCAGCAUGAGCUUCUGGUGUCAAAGGCCACAGAAGCCCCGCCCACUCACCCCCACCUCUGACUCCUGUGACUCCAUCCAGCUCCACCCAGAAGGAGGUGACGCUCCCAAAGACCUGAUCGCCCUCUCCUCUCUGUGCAUGACUCCGCCUCACAGUCCCAGCUUCGCCGAAGCGUCCACCACGACUGUCCUCACCACAACGUCUGUCCUUAGCCCCGCCUCCAGACAGAUGUUACUCUGCCCCAGCCUCACCUCCUGUCCCACCCUCCUCAGCGACUUCCUCCCCCAGCCCUCCUCCUCGCCCAUUUCCUCAGAGACCUCCACACUCCCGCAUCACUCCGAGACUUUGUAUGUGGCUCCGCCCAGCAAAGCAAUGGCCACCAGCGUUAUCCGCCACACCGCUGACAGCCUUGGCCUUCCAGGUCCUCCACCUUCCAUCCUGCUGACCGAAACCUCCUCAGCUCCUCAACCACAAAAGACAUCUGCAGAGGAGAAGGAUGUGCCUCCACCGUCUCCCCUCAGCAUGUCUUCUUCCCCUUCCUCGGUGUCUCAGCCUCACUCCGCCUCGCCGUCUUCCUCCCCGGUUGCUUCUUCUCCAGUCCUCUGUCAGGUUUUCCCAGUAAGCAGCCAGACCGGGAUGAUCUCUGCCUUUGUCCAGGCUCCGGUUCAGGUCCAGACGGGACCCAAACCCAUCCUGCCCCAGAGUCCUCCUCCUGGCUUCGCCCAGCCUCUGCUGGUGGGCUCAACCAUGCCGCAAGGGGCCGUCAUGUUUGUAGUCCCACAGGCGCCCGUCUCCCAGCCGUCGCAGGGGCCACAGACUGUAAUGACCCUGGGCAACACCAAGCUCCUCCCCCUUGCACCUGCUCCUGUUUACAUGCCAUCAGGAACAAACAACGGCGCCUCACAGGCCGACUUCUCCCGCAGACGCAACUACGUGUGCACCUUUCCCGGCUGCAAGAAGACAUACUUCAAGAGUUCUCACCUGAAGGCUCACCUGCGCACGCACACAGGUGAGAAGCCGUUCAGCUGUCACUGGGAAGGCUGCGACAAGAAGUUUGCCCGCUCCGAUGAGCUUUCGCGCCAUCGCCGAACGCACACGGGCGAAAAGAAGUUUGUCUGCACUGUGUGCGACCGGCGCUUCAUGCGCAGCGACCACUUGACCAAACACGCUCGGCGUCACAUGACGAGCAAGAGGGCGUCGUCGUGGCCGACCGAAACCCGAGACCUCAUCAAGGGAGCCUCGCCUAAGGGCCAGAACAGAGGUCCGACACUUCCUGUUGGUGUGCUGGUCCCAACCACCAACUGAGAGGUUCUCGGACCCACAGCGCCAGCUCAGGACUCCAAGGGUUGUGGGGGACGUUCAGAUCAGACUCAUGACUGUGACUGGGGCGUUCAAUCAGCACCACCAGCUACAUCAGGAAGAGGUUUCCUAGUCUGCUGGUCCGAUCUGCGUUUACAGGACCUGAGAACAGGGUCGGGAACACCUGCAGAACUCCAGUAAACUACUUCCUGUAACGAUGUCCGUCCUCUGAGUGACUCGCUCAGAUCCCAUCAUCACAUUCAAGUACUACUUUGCAUACAUGCACAGAAACUCAGAACCUUCAAGAAUAUUUGUACAAGAUCCGAGUGCUGCCAUAACCCGGACACACGUCUGGGUCGGGUCCGUUAGCGGGGAGCCCCCUGGGGCCCUCCGCCCUGCUCAGGACAUUUUACUACCACAACCACAAAACUCACUGCAAAAGGAGGAGGAGGAGGAGACAACAGGCUGCUAUCCAUCCGCGGACAGAAACCAACAGAAACCUGACGUUGCACUGGAUUUUCUACACCUGACGCGUUUUUAUAAUCAUGUUUACUUCAUGUGUCACAUUUAGCCAGAUGUAUGCACACGUUUUAUUGUUUGCCAAAGCUUCUGUAUCGUGCUUUUGUUUUUAGCCGAUUUGUGUUUAUUUGACAGUAAAUAAUGUAAAUAUCCUGAUAUCUAUAUGAAUGUUACGUGUAUUCCAGUCUCCAUCUAAAAACAACUUAUGGGUUUUUUUUAUGUCAGUGGACAGUAUUCAUCACUGUGAUACUACCUAUCUUUGCUUUACUCUUUAUUAUUAUUAUUUAAUAAACAUUUGUUAAGGAAAAGUGUUUGUUUUUAAUAUCUUGAUUUGGCCCAUAUUGUAGCCAGUAAGAGAAUACCUCAUGUUUUUAAAUGUUAUAUCAGAAUAAUCCCAUUUCCAUACAUUUGCUUGUGGGCAACAGUGAACAAUAUAGCUUUUAUAAUAAAACCUUACCAUGAAA